GCUGUGAGACAUACGAGUACUCUCAAUAAACAAUAUACACAGUGCUAACAUGGAUAUUCAACAGGAUUAUGAUACAAUGUCACUUAAAAGCGAGGAGAAAUAUUCUCAAAGAAAGAGUAAGAAGCCAAUGAUGGAGAAGCGACGCAGAGCUAGAAUCAACAGUUGUCUACUACAGCUUAAGUCUCUCGUGCUACAGGCAAUGAAAAAAGAUACAUCUCAUUAUUCCAAACUGGAGAAGGCGGACAUCCUUGAGAUGACAGUUAAACAUCUGCGGACUCUACAGCGGCGUCAGAUCACUUCCGCAGUGGCAGCCGACCCAACUGUUGCCGCUAAAUACAACAUAGGCUUCUCCGAGUGCGCCAGUGAGGUGAUGCGCUACUUAGGAUCAGCGCAGGGAAUUAACGAAGAUGUCCGAAACCGAGUGGUAAAUCAUUUGGGUGGAUGUGUACAGACCAUCAACGCGUCAUCAAUGGCGCAUCACAACCUCCAACCAAUUCACGUGCAAAUUCCCGCUUCACAAAACGCAGCCAACAACGCACGUGCCAUGUAUCCAUCUGACCGUUUGCUGGUACAAUCGGCCUCUCAGUCACAGAAUGGUUGUUCAUUCCCCAUCCAAACAUCUAUUCCAGUACAGACACAGUCAAACAGUGGACAAUUUGAGCUAGUUCCUGGAACUGCAUUCAGUGGUCCAGUGUCGUUUUGUAUGUCGCCACCAGAAGAAAUGUCAACGCUUUCCAAUAUGUACCCGACAAACUCACUCAAGUCAGAACCACGAGCAGUAAGCAUUAGUCCAGAAUCUCACAAAACAGACAAUCAUAGGCAACAUGAGCGGGAUAUGUACAAAUCGCCGGAAAAGCACGCGCAAUCCCAAUCACACCAAGUAUCAUCAUUGUCCGGUAGCCCAGUCUUCUCUCCAGCGACAAGUGCUCUCAAAGAAGAACAGCUAUGGCGUCCCUGGUGACAGGUGUUGCGAAAGCAGAACUAUGACUAUUGUGUUAAUAUAGAAGACUAACUUGUGAUUAAUUUGACUAAAGUUUACACCAAUUGCCUUCGGAGGUAUUCCAUAGUCUCUGGCAACCCUGAGGAUUACAUGUGUUGCUAUCUGGAUUCGAACUCAGGACAUUUUAUUGUUAAGUGUUAAUAUGUCUUUCACGAUUAUGCAACUAUUGAUGGAGCUAAUGGCAUUUGUUGUUAAACGCAAAUAGAAUCAUUUUAGAUGACUGUUUAAUUCAUAUGGACUUCCGGAUAAUUUGGUGCGUACAAUUUCCACUGUCGUGAUGGUGCUAUAGUGAUGAAAGAGGGCGAGAAAGGAAGAUAAUGAGACAGAGAGAGAAAGUUUUUACGGGUAGAGACAUUUUGUCUCGAGAUUUUUCCAUUCAGUGAUUUAUAAAUGCAUUAAAAUACUA